AUGCCGACUUACGGGUCAGCGGAAUUUCUCAAACGUCGCUACCAAAAAGACCCGCCAGCAGAAGACACCAAAGCCGAACGAGCACGAACCUUGAAGCGGAUGAAAUGGUCCGCAUACGGCAUCGCAGUCUGCACGCUGGCCAUGUUUGGCACGGUCGCCCUCUAUCCAACACCACGAAAGAGCAAGGCAAGACUGCUCGAAGAAGCUUCAGACAAGACGAAAGUCACGCAACUAGAUGCUCCGCCAUCGAUAUUAGGCGCAAGCACUGUCAAUGACCGUGAAGGCGAACAACAAGUCCCUACCGGCACCUCGACGAUCCCCUUCUUCCCUAAGUUCAUCCACGUCACGACCGAUGCACCGAGCUCGACUCCCGCCGCUGCAAAUGAAGGAACACAAAAAGAUGUCCAAUACCAGCUAGUCGGGCUCGGGGUGCGGACUGUUUCUUUCCUCAGCAUCCAGGUCUACGUGGUGGGACUUUACAUCGCCGUCAGCGACAUUGCAGCCCUGCAAGACCGCCUGGUGCAUUCAGUAGCCGACCCAGUCGCGACGACCCUGGUGCCCGAUGAGAAGUCGAAACUCCGCGAUUUGCUACUCGACCCGGACCAGGGCGAAGAGAUCUGGAACAAGAUUGUCAAAGACGGCCAGGUGCGGACUGCUUUCCGGAUCGUGCCCACACGUAACACGGACUUCAUGCAUCUCCGGGAUGGAUUUGUGCGAGGCAUCACGGCGCGCAGCGCGCAUUUCGCGAGCGACAAGAACGACAAUUCAUUCCAGGACGAAUCGUUCGGCUCGGCACUCAAUGAUUUCAAACAGGCCUUUGGUGGCGGCGCGAGACGCAAGCUAGGCAAGGGUGAAGUCCUUCUUUUGGCUCGUGAUGCUGAAGGCAAGAUGUUGGUUUGGGCGGAGGACAAUAAGGGAGAUCGCGUGAAGAUGGGCGAGAUCCCAGACGAGAGGGUUGGCAGGCUGCUGUGGCUGAAUUACCUGGCUGGUAAGAAUGUCAGCAGCGAGCCGGCAAGACAGAGUGUCAUUGAGGGUGUUAUGGAAUUCGUGGGACGGCCUGUGGGCACUGUGGCCACUCAAGUGGUUUGA